AUGUCUGAACCUUCCAAGGUCAACGCUCAGAUCAACACCGCUCUUGGUUCUGCCAAGGAGAUGCUCGGCUCGACCAUCGAGGCCGGCUACCAGGCCGUCGGCGGCUCGUCUGAGCCCUCGAGCUUCACUACGGCCGGAAAGGAGCAGCGCCUGAAGGGAGAAGGAGAAAUGAAGGCCGCAGAGGCCAAGGGCUACGCAGAGGGGCGAAAGGACGCUGUUGUCGGCGCCAUUACAGGCGACAAGGCUCAGGAGGCGAAAGGAAACGUCCAGCAUGACAAGGGCGAGGCCCAGAUGAAGCUGAACAGCUAG